CUCGUCGCCUUGUGGGGCCAACAGCUCCGCCCGCACGCGGUUCAAAGCAGAGAGCACCAAAGCCUCCGCUUCCCAAGCUCACCACCUCACUCCGCACAGUGAGCUCCAUUGCGCCUACCCGUAAGGCCGUAACACACCUCGCCUCAUGGCAGUGGCCGCGCGCGCGAUGCGGCGCCCGCGCCUCCUGCUGGUGCUUGCUGUGUUCGUGCUGGCGGCGACCGCGGCGGAGGCGACGCUGCACCCAGUGGACUACCUGGCGCUGCAGGUCGUCCGGCGCGCGCUCUCCGACCUGCCGGGCUCCCGCUUCUUCGCGUCCUGGGACUUCACCGCCGACCCCUGCGCCUUCGCCGGCGUAUCCUGCUCCGGGGACGGCCGCGUCGUCACGCUCGCGCUGGGCGACCCGCGCGCCGGAGCGCCGGGCCUCGCCGGCGCGUUCCCCACCGCCGCGCUCGCGAAGCUAUCCGCGCUGAGCUCCCUCUCCCUCGUCCCCGGCCGCGUGACCGGGGGGCUCUCCUCAGCCGUCACCGCGCUCCCGUCGCUCCGGUUCUUGGCGCUCUCUGGGAACCUCCUCUCCGGCGACCUCCCCGCCGCAUUCUCCCCCGCGCUGCGGACGGUCGACCUCAGCAAGAACGCCUUCUCAGGACGGAUACCCCCGUCGCUGCUCCAACUCAGGGGCCUGAGGACGCUCGUCCUCUCCCACAACUCCCUCUCCAGCGAGAUCCCCAGGUCGGUGAGCUCGCCAUUAGUCCAUCUCGACCUCAGGAGCAACCGCUUGUCCGGCGGCGUCCCGCCGCUCCCGGGGACGCUUGUGCACCUGUCGCUCGCCGGGAACCGGCUCUCCGGCCGAGUGGGCGCCGUGCUCCGGAGGCUGCCCAGGCUGUCGUUUCUUGACCUCGGUCGGAACUGGUUCUCCGGCGAGGUUCCCGGCGAAGUCUUCUCCUUUCGGAUUGGUUACCUGCAGCUGCGCAAGAACGCGUUCUCCGGCGAGCUCCGUCCGGCGGGGCGUGUGCCGCCCGGCUCCACGGUGGACCUCAGCCACAACGCUCUCUCCGGGCGGGUCCCGCCGGAGCUGGCACCCGCGGGCGCGGUGUAUCUGAACGGCAACAAGUUCGCCGGCGAGGUGCCGCGGGAGAUCGCGGCGGCUGCGGAGGGCGGCCGGAUGCGGGUGCUGUUCCUGCAGGACAACUUCUUGACGGGGAUCGGCGUGGGCGGCGUGCCGACGAGCGCGGCCGUGUGCGCGCACUGGAACUGUGUGGCGCCGCCGGCGGCCGUGGUGGCCGCGUGCCCCGCCAAGGGCGGCAGGGGGCGCCGCAGGCCGCCUGCGCAGUGCGGCGGGCGAAAUGGGUGAGUUCUUGAGGCGAAAGGUUUUGGGGUUUAGUAGGUAAUGGUGGUCAAGGUCUCAUGAAUCAUGAGAUCUUCAAGUGAUCAAUAAUUUUUGGUGUAUAUUUUGCGAUGUUAUCUCGAGAUAUAGGGCUGUGAUUUUGUCGGGACGACACGCGGACGGUGGAUCCGAUGCGUCACCGGUGUUAAGUGGUUGCAAAUUACAUAGGAAAAGUUUGUGUAAAGGAAAUGUAAGAAUUAAGGUGGUUUCUAUUGUGUGAUCUCGACUCUGAAAUCAAAUGAAAACCCA